AGCCAAAUUCGUCCUUCGGUGCUGGCUCCUUGCUGAGGCCGACGGUGUUUGUUUCCUCCAGAACAAUGCCAACCCACCGCCUCGUGAUUGUGCGCCACGGCGAGAGUACAUGGAACCAGGAGAACCGUUUCUGCGGCUGGUUCGAUGCUGAGCUGAGUGAAAAGGGGAAGGAGGAGGCCAAGCGGGGAGCCCAGGCCAUCAAGGAAGCAGGCUAUGAGUUUGAUUGUUUCUACACCUCGGUACUGAAGCGAGCCAUCCGCACCCUCUGGUACAUCAUGGAUGGCUGCGACCAGAUGUGGGUUCCUGUCAUACGCACCUGGCGCCUGAACGAGCGCCACUACGGGGGACUGACAGGCCUCAACAAGGCUGAGACCGCAGCCAAGCAUGGGGAAGAGCAGGUCAAAAUCUGGAGGCGAUCUUAUGACAUUCCACCUCCCCCCAUGGAUGAAAGCCACCCUUUUUAUAAAGUCAUCAGCAAG